CAACAUGGCUACUGCAUGUGUUGGAGCAAAAAUCACCCAAAUUUCUGUGCGCCUGCUAUUGCCGCCUUUAUCGUCAGGAGCUAGGAUUUUAACAUCAACCAGACUGUUGCAUACAGGAUGUGGAGGACUCAACUUCCACGCUACGCCUGCAUUGCUCGCAGAGCCUCCAAAGAAGAAGAAGAAACAACGAGACAUGGCCAAAUUGGACGAAGCCAGGGAAAAGAAGAGACAAAAAAGAGUUGAUAAGAUGCUAGAUAAGAUGGGGCCACCGGAAUUAAAAACUGUUGAAGAAUUUAAAGUGGAUAAAAAGCUUCUAGAAAAAUCCAGGGAAAGAAUUCUUCCAGAAAUAACAUUCGAGGAAAGUGAAACAAGAGCGCUUUUACAGAAAGAAUGGUCUAAAUAUAAAUUUGCUCAACACCUCCGUGAGACUAAAAUAAUGGAAAGAUUCAGAAAAUCUCAGGAAAAAGCUCUUCAAGAACUUAAGAAAGAAAGCGUAGAACUUUAUGAAAAAGCCAUGCUUGUAGAUUCCCAGUUGUUAACAUUUGAAGUGAAAGGACCUGUGAACACGCCGUAUAUUAAAGGAUAUGAUAGUCCAAUAGGAGAAUAUAUUGACAUUUCUAAAGAUGUGAAGUAAUAAUUAUGCGCAAUUUAUAGUGUACUCAGUACACUGGAAUCAACAAACUCGUGUUCAUAAAUAUCCUUUUGAAAUCAAAACAAUUUGUAGAUUGGCUUGGCCAGUACCAUUGCAACAUUUUGUCAGGUACUAGUACUCCACACAACAGCCGUCAUAGCACAACUAGAAUGUAACUACCAUGUGAGUUUAUAAAUAACUCGUAAUGUACGUGGGUAAUUGGACUUGUUGAUUCCAGUACGUCUUGCUUGAAAUAACAAUUUUGGUUCGUAACAACUGACAAACACAAGUCCACAGAGUGUUCAAUUACGGAAAAGUUCAGUCAUGAGCAGUUGCCAUUGUUACCCCAUGAUGUACAGUUUCAUCCAAAUUAGAUAUGAAAUGAACACUAUUGAAAUGACAAGAUGUGAUAACAUUUGUAUAACCAAGUUCCACCAUUUGUUCUGCAAAUUAUAGCAUUGUUCAAUGUGCAUUCAGUCACCAUGAAAUGGUUUGAUGGUGAAGACAGUAAAUGAGUGAGGUUACAUAUAACAUAACUUUGCUGGGACACAAGACAAAAAACAAACUGAAAAGAAUCCUGACUAUUUCUAGAAAUAUGCAUGUAUUGUAAUUUCUCCAGAUCAUUCUAUUCUAUACCCCUUGUCUACUUAUCAGUCUUUGGUUCUGUGCAUAUAACAAAACUUGUUUAUCAGAAGACAUUAUUAUACAUCAUGUACCUGUCAGAACUGUCACAAAGUUGGUUCAUCUUCCAAAUGUACAACUUUGUAUACCGUGUGAAAUGUAAUAACCAGAGUACCAUAUUUGUUCUAUUAGUAGUGUAUGCACUUGUGUAAAUGACAGCGAGUGUCUAUGGCUGAAAGAAGUAAAUAUUUGAAUGAUCCAGUAUACAAUUGAUAUAUUGGAGAUGUGCUUCUUAUAGAGCAAAUACGGUAUCAGUAUAUUGAAAUGUCAUUAUAGGAUACUCUAUAUGUUAAACAUCUCAAUAGGCAUACUACGGCAGUUGAUUUUCAUACUGUAGGAUACUUUAUUUUGGCUUGGAAUUUAUUUUCGCUAAAGGGAUGAUUUCGUGAAAAUAAAAUCCAGCGAAUACACUUUUUUUCCUAUAUUUCAUAUUAAACUCAACAAAAAUCAGUGAAAAUAAAUUCCAUACAAAACACCCAAAAAGCCCUUUCAGCGAAAAUUAAUUCCAGCGAAAAUAAAGUGUUCCACAGUAUCCAACUUGUGCAUCUUUGAUUAUUGAUAGAAUGAGAUCAUAAUUGAAGUAGACUUUAUUCCUUUAUACUGUUAAUGCUUGGUUUUGUAACAAGGUUUUAUUUUUGCUGUUAUGUGAAAUCCACUAUUAAAUUCAUGUGAACUUGUUUCACCAUCAAA